GUAUAUAUAGGAAGCUAUAAAAUAAAAGCAGCCUAAUGAUAAAAAAGAGAAGGGGAAAGUCAAUCGGCGCGCACUGUAUAUCUCGAUAAACAUUGAUAUUGAUUAUUCUCGAAAGUUAUAGCAUGAUCGAUUCACAUUUUUUCUGUUGAUCAUAUAAUGACUGUGAAAAAUAAAUAUAUCAUUAGCCAUUAUUAUUGGCAUCUUGAAUAUAAACUUUUAUCUGGGUUAACAUGCGAACCUGCAUUAUUUACAACAUUUACAAACGUAUUUCAGUCAUCAAAAUUGCGAGGAAGGUCUUCGAAAAUUCUAGAAUAAUCUAAGUCUUUCUGUCGAAACUGUUCAAUAUCUUUUUCUUUUACUAAAGAACUUUGAAAAAGGAGUUUGACCAUUGUUGUCUUUCGUUGCUAUAGAGGCAUACACUAUGACCGUUCAUCUUUAUCCCCUUCUCCGUUGCUUUGAUGGUGAAAGUCACAAAAUUUCUACUUAAAACAUACAUUCACUAUAAAAUUUUUCUUCGAGAAAUAAAUGUUGAAUGAGUUAAAAAUAUGCAUGUUUUUGUAUUAUAGGUGUUCCACCACGAAUUCUUAAACCAGCUAUGCGUAAAACAUGUUUUGAUAUUGAAGAAAAAAUUUCCCGUAUUACUGAUAAUAAAAGAACAUCGAUCGAACUAUGGAAACGUUUAAAAGGUUCAAAAGCAACACGAGAAAGUCGAAUGGAAGUUGUCGCAUGGAUAGCUAUCUGUAAAUUUGAUUGUCGACUUGAAGGUGGCUUUGUUCGUGAUUGGGUUGUUGGAAAUUAUUCAGCUCGUCCAAGUGAAGAUCCAUCAACAUGGUUACAUUUUACUCCUAAUGCAGCUGGUACACCACUUCCUUAUUUGAAUAAAGAUUUCAUUCCAUCAGAUCUUGAUUGUCAUUUACCAUUACAUAAAUAUUUUGAUAUUGAUAAAUUUUUGGAUAAUUUACAUAAGUAUCAAAUUGAAUAUAAAGUAUUUCGAGAAGAUUGGCGUUAUAUAAUAUUAUUAGAUGAAAAUACUAAAACUGGUCCAUUUACAAUGGAUUUAAUUGAACCUCAUGUUGCUUUAACACAUGAUAGAAUUGAUUUUGAUGUUAGUAAUAUAUCAUUAGAAAAAGAUUAUACAAAAGAAUUAGGAAUGAGAGUUGAUAUUACAUAUAAACCAUAUUCAAUUGAAUUAGAAACUAUUGUUGAUAAUAUUAAAAAUAAACGUUUUCAAAUUUUACGUCCAAUUGAUAAAUAUGUUCAAGCUCGUAUUGAUAAAAUGGAAAAUCGAGGUUGGACACAACUUGGACAAGCUAUGCAUGUUAUUCCAAAUCCACCACCAAAAUAUCAAGUUGUUCUUGUUCCUUUACCUGAAUCAACUGAACUAUAUAAAACAUUAGUUCAACAAAUGAAAUCUUAUAUUAAUACUCAAGCAAAAGUAUUAUCGAUUAAUGAAAUUAAAAAUCCUUUAUUAGAAGAAGCUUAUUUAGCAAUGAAACAAUUAAUUGCUAAACAAUGCACAGGACAAAAUCCAAAUGAACGUGAAUUAUUUCAUGGAACAAAAGGUGAUGCAAUUGAUGGUAUAUUAAAUGAUGGAUUUGAUGAUCGAUAUUGGGGAACUAAGUCUGGAAGAGGAAAAUGGGGUCAUGGUGCUUAUUUUGCUGAUAAUCCAAGCGUUUCACAUAGAUACACUGAGGCCAAUUUAAGCGAUCAUACACGUGUCAUAUACUAUAAUAAAGUCGUUUUGGGCAAAGAAGCAAUACUUCAUGAAUUAAAUAGUGAAUUAAUGUCUGCACCCCAAGGUUAUCAUUCAAUACAUGGACAAUUUGAAGGCCACCCGAAUGACGAUGAAUAUAUUGUAUAUCGAUAUGGACAAGCAUUACCAUAUUUAAGAAUAAUUUAUAAAGCAUAA